AGGAAGUUUAAAAAAAGAAACACGGAAGUGUUUUGUUUUUGUUGAACAGCCAGCUGUCAGAUGCACCUUUCGGCUGCAGAAGUCGUUUCAAAUCUGAUAUUCAAACAGCCAGAGGUCGACGCCAACAUCCACCGUGGGAGUGAGCUUUUUCGUCUUGAUCUUCAUCAUGGUGGAGCCCACAGCAUCUGGUGUGUUCUGUAACAGGAUGCUGAGCAUGGUCAACUCUGAGGAUGUUAAUGCCAUCAUCCAGGCUCAGAGACACAUGCUUGACCGCUUUGAGAAAACCAAUGAAAUGUUGAUCAACUUCAACGGGCUGUCUAACGUGCGACUGCAGCAGAUGAACGAUCGCUUCCUACUCCACACUCGCACCCUUGUGGAGAUGAAGAAGGAUCUGGACAGCGUGUUUAGGAGGAUCAGGACACUAAAAGGGAAGAUUGCUAAGCAGUACCCAGAGGCUUUCAGCAAUAUUCAUGAAGCGCCCAUCCUGGAGGACGACGAAGAGAGGUUUGACCCAGUACCCCCAAGUGCUGCCACGACAAUUACAACCGCCACCUCGGAGCAUAGCACAGAGUCCUGUGACACAAGUCCAGAUGUGAUCUCACCCACUUUGAGCAGAUGCUCUGAAGAUCUCUCUCAAGAGCCGCCUGACACGCCCACCUCCGAUGUCCUAGAGACAGCCGUCCUACAGGACGAGGGUCCGGACUCUGUACCUGCAGAAUAGAGCGAGCAGUAUGUGAAUGGAUUUCAGCCUCUUGAGCUUUGACCAUAAAACUAUUUUAGCAGGAGGUCAUAUUGUAUAUUUGAGUUUGUGUUGGCAUCUACAAUAUCUGCUGACCUUUCCAGUCAUCAUCUGUUGGGAAGAGCUUCACAACCUUGAUGUUAGAUGUGGCUAUGAACUAUUGUUGAGGAUGGAUUUUUGUUGGCAUGCUUAUUUGUCUUAUGCCUGCACAGCACUAAAAUAAUGUAGAUAUUACUUGAAGUUAUAUAGUAUCUCACUAUAGAUGUAUAUAUCUUUAGUACUGACGGUACGCCUAAACAAAAGUCCUCACUCAUGUGAUUAUAAGCAUUUUUUGUUGUUGUUUGAGGAGACGUACUCCUGACUGAAGGAGGAAAUCUCUGAUGAUCUCUCAUGAUGUCUCAUGAUUUAUGUUACUUGAAAGACAAAUGUAAUGAUGUUCUCAACUUAAAAAAUAGUAGUUAGGGUUUGCAAGUAGUUACUCCUGUUGUUGUCAUACUAUUACAAUAGUAUCGUUUGCAGCAUUAUUAUUCGAUGGGCCCCUUUUAAGACUGGGAAAUACGUCUGUUAAUGCAUUCAUGAAUGUUUUCAGCAACAUUUAAUCUGAUUCUUUGCCCAUCCCUAACAAAAAAUUCUCUCUUUGUUAGCCAGGGAUCAUUUUAAUUGUCAGUGAUUGAGCAAACUAUUCAAGGACACAUGAGUAGGGCAGAGGUUCUUUGAUACAAGAGCUGGAAUCCAGGCUGUGUAGGUGGAGGAUCCAACUACCCGUUGCUCACUAUUAAAGAUGCAGUUUUGGUGUAAAAGGGAAAGCCCUUGUUAAAAUGUAUUUCAUUUGUUAUUUAUGUCAUAUUUUUACAUCUCAGUUUUAAUUUGUGGAUUUGAAAAAAUAUCUCCUGAGUCCUUGAAAAGUAGAGAGGCAGAGUAUAGUGAUCAAACAUUAAAGCUGCUCCAUAACAAUAA